UACUUUGACAGGAAAGAAGAGGAACUAGAAAGCUGGGACAUCCAGGGCAACCGCUUGUUCUACGCUCUGUCUAAUUUGGUUGCUGACCAGCACGAGCGACCACACAUUUUUGUCGCCCCGUUUCAGCCGGGACCCCAUCAUGAAUUGACGGCCUAA